AUGUCACUUACACAAUCUUCGGCUUUUGAAAUCGCAAACACUGCGUCUCUGGCCGCUCGCCAGCUGGCGGUCUUGUCUAAUAAUGAGCGCAAUGAGGCAUUGACGGCGCUCUACCAGGGGCUUUCAAUGAACAAGGAUGCCAUUCUUAAAGCUAACGCUAAGGAUAUUGCGUCGGCGAGCCGUGCUGCUGAAAAUGGCGAUCUAAAUCCUAGUAUUCUUAAGAGGCUUGAUCUAUCCAGGCCGGGAAAAUAUGAUGAUAUGUUGCAAGGAAUCCUCAGUGUGCGGGAUUUGCAUGAUCCAAUUGGAAACGUUACCCUGAGGACACUUCUCGAUGAUGGCCUUACUUUGGAAAGAGUGAGUUGCCCUAUUGGGGUUCUAUUGAUAAUUUUCGAGGCACGCCCGGAGGUCAUCGCAAACAUUGCUGCCUUGUCUAUAAAGUCUGGUAACGCAGCUAUUUUAAAAGGCGGGAAAGAAUCAAGCGAAUCUUUUGUGGCGAUUUCCACUGUGAUCUCCGAAGCCAUAUCAAGCACCCGAGUUCCCAAGUCGUCUAUCCAGCUCGUACAGACGAGGGAUGCAAUUUCUUCCUUGUUGGAUCAGGACUCUUUGAUCGAUUUGGUCAUUCCUCGCGGGUCGAAUGAUCUUGUUCGCUUCGUCAAGGACAACACGAAAAUCCCAGUAUUAGGCCACGCAGACGGUCUUUGUUCCGCCUAUAUCCAUCACGACGCGGACCCGGAAACAUGUGUUAGAGUUAUUGUGGACUCUAAGACAGACUAUCCGGCCGCGUGCAACUCUCUGGAGACCCUGCUUGUACAUGAAAGGGUUCUUGCAACCAUACUGCCUGCCGUUGCCAAGGCUCUGGUGGCGAAGGGGGUUACCUUGAGGUGCGAUGAAUUGUCUAAAAGUGCACUAAGAGAAGCUCUGGGCGCUGGACAGAUGGAUUCAAUUGUAGAUGCAGUGGACUCCGACUACAAUACCGAGUUCCUGGAUCUCAUUUUGGCAGUCAAAACGAUACCUGCAUCCGCCUCGGGUCAAGACGUUGAUGCAGCGAUUGCCCACAUCAAUACCCAUUCUUCGAAGCAUACCGAUAUUAUUUUGACCAAGACAAGGUCUACCGCGGACUAUUUCAUGAACAGCAUCGACAGUGCCGGAGUUUUUUGGAAUGCUUCGACAAGAUUUGCGGAUGGGAUGAGGUAUGGCUUUGGCACAGAGGUUGGCAUCAGCACAAAUAAGAUUCACUCCAGAGGACCUGUGGGACUAGAUGGCUUGACCAUCUACAAAUAUCUCGUCUACGGAGAUGGACAUAGAGCGGGCGAUUACUUUGAUGGUGAAGGUGGUAGACGGUGGAAACAUAAAGGCCUACCACUGUAACAUAUAAAUAGAAAAUAAUGAAAAGUUUUUCAGGCAUUCAGUAAUUUAACUCCGUUUUCAUUUUCAUUCAACCAAGCUCCUCUCGGACCCUCGUGAUAUUCAGUCUUGCAUCGGGCGAUCUAGUAAAGGUUGGGGCGACAUGCAUCCGUGAAGUCGCUUGGACUCAUAAAAUUCAAUUUGCAAUCCUCAUGAGCGCGGUUAACCGCCACCCGAUACAGUAAAUG